CAGCAGUAUUACAAGUUUUAUUGAAGGUAAGUUCUAUCUAAGCUAAGUUCUAUUGAAGCUAAUUAUUCGACAUCAAUAAGUGAGAAAGUAAUGCUUUGUUUUUUCUUUAUCAAAGGUCAAAGGCUUGCCGUGCAAAAGUGCGAAGAGUACCGAAAAAUUACAUCUUCUCCGGUUCAAAACUGCACAAAAGUCGAACGACCGGUCGAUGAAGAUAACGUUGUACGGAAUGGCGAGAUUCCGCACCAUGCAUUGCUGGGCUACCUCAAAGAAGAUAAGGAAGACGAAUACGAGUUUAAAUGUGGUGGAACAUUAAUCAGUGAUCAGCAUGUUCUAACUGCAGCCCAUUGCAUCCAGCGCACCAUCCCAGAAGUGGUUCGACUUGGGAUACACGACAGCGAAAAUGAAUCCAAUGACGAGGUUCAGGUGGCCAUUGAAAGCGUAUUGAUGCAUCCAGAAUAUUCGGCCCGUAAAGCAUAUCACGACAUUGCAAUACUGAAGCUAGUACAAAAGGUGCCAUUAUCGAGGGUCAUUCGACCGGCAUGUCUAUGGGACACGGAAUAUCGAAGCUUCUCCCUCUACAUUUCCACCGGAUUUGAAACAGAUUAUUUGUCCAGAAAAGUUGGGAGUGUUCUGAUGAAGCUACAACUAGAAGAAUUAUCGGUUGAAGAAUGCACCAUAGUGGAUUUAAGCUCUAGAUAUUUCCCGGAUGGUCUACACGAUGGUCAACUGUGUGUCAGAACUUACUCGUGUGAUGAAUUCUCAGGAGAAGCUUUGAUGCCGGAAAACGCAACUAAACCUUGCAUCUCGUAUGUAGUUGGCAUAGCAUCUCGAGGUACGAGUUGUUACAAUGUAGUAACGUCAAUCUACACUAAGGUGUCGUACUAUAUCGAUUGGAUUGAGUCGAACGUUUGGGGUCAAAAUGCGACACAAACGGUACAGAACGAUUAGCAAUAGAAGGAUUAAAAUACCUUCGUUUUGUCACUUAUAAGGAUGUUUC